CAUACCACUCCUCUUCGCUAUGUCGUGAGGACCAUACGAUCGUAUAUGCCUUCAUUGAUAGCCCUGCCUUUGGCUUUAUCUCGGCACAAAUAUGAGUGCGCUCGUGGGCUAUGAGUCCAGCGACGACGAACAAGAUGUCAACACAGUCGAGAAUGCUGUGACAACGACAUCUAUCGCGGAUGCCAGUAAACCUACCCAGGCAGGAAACAAUUUUCGAGAUGGCAUCCCUCCGCCUGUGCUUGAGCCAAAGCCAAGUCCCAUGGCUACCAUGGCGGAUAUGGACAAUGGACCUAUGGUAGGGCCAAUUAUGCCAGAACAGACGGCAAACGAAAGCGAGCAAGAUUCUCUUAUGGAGAUGCGAGAAUCCAUGUCUGAUCGGGACAUCAUCCAUCAUCUGACUGCCGCACCACAACCCAUGACCUCGCUACCGUCUUCUCCGCCUGGGUCGCCCAAUCCAGCCAUGGAUGCAAAAUUCAAGCGAUUUCUAGAGCUAAAGGCAAAAGGUGUACAUUUCAAUUUGGACCUGGCAAGUAAACCGCCCUUCCGCAAUCCCGGUCUGCUCUCCAGCUUGAUGGCGCGGGCCGGUUUAGAGGAGGAAGACCAAUACCGGACUUCGUUGCCCAGAGAGACAUUUGACCCAUUAGGGCUCCCUGCAAGUGGUUAUAAGGAAGCACUUCUCGAAAGCCAGUAUGAGCUACGCGUCAAAGACCAGGCCAUGAAGAAGACUCUUUCGGCUGCAGGAAAGAGGACGAUCGACUUCAGGUCUGGAGGUUCGUCGGACAAUGCUAGCGCAGACUCAACUCCCGGAACGUCGAGUAAACGAAAACGACCUUGAGAGCUACAGGUACAGCAAUAUCAUUACAUUCUAACCAAGCAGGAAGUCCUUCGCUAAUGGCUGAGGGCAGAGCCUGGCGUCAGCA